UUGGCCCCGCUGCACUGGGUCUGGAGGGCACUGCUUCCGCUCAAUUGCUAAAGCUGCUGCCUCGUGGGCUGCCAGGGGUAGGUGUCCUGGGGGCUUUGUCUAAGUCGGCUGAUCCAGGACGGAAUGGGGGUUCCAGUAGCGCUGUUAGGGAUGCUGAGCAUCCUGGGAGUGGCUGUGGGGGGCUCCUCUGAACUUCUCUGGGACAGCACCUCUUGCCACCUGGCCAGGCCCAUCCCUGGCAACUCCUUGGGGACUCUGAGCUUUCUGGGCAAGGAUGCCCAGGGACUGGCCCUGUUCCACACUCACUGGGACAGGCAGGGGAGGCUGCAAGCGUGUAGCCGGCAAGAUGAGCCAGAGCUCACGGCAGCCUUCAGUGCCCUCUGUGCUGGGGAGAUCACCCGGGGCUCCUUCAUCCACACCCCUGGACCCAAGCUGCAGAGAACCCUGGCCACACUUCAGAGUCAGUGGGGGGCCUGCCGAGGGCCUGAAGAGCAUCCAGCAGGGGCUAGGGAGAAGCGAGCAGCAGGGGCCAGGGAGGAGAAAGCAGAACAGAGUGGAGCACCUGGCAGCAUAGGACACCAGCGGGUGAAGAGAGGCUGGACCAUUCCUGGCACGCUGUGGUGUGGAGUAGGGGAUUCUGCUGGGAACUCCUCGGAGCUGGGGGUCUUCCAAGGUCCCGAUCUCUGCUGCCGGGAACACGACCGCUGCCCACAGCACAUCUCGCCCCUCCAGUACAACUAUGGCAUCCGAAACUACCGAUUCCACACCAUCUCCCACUGUGACUGUGAUACUAGGUUCCGGCAAUGCCUGCAGAACCAGCAGGACUCCAUCUCAGACAUCAUGGGCGUGGCCUUCUUCAACGUGCUGGAGAUCCCCUGCUUCGUGCUGGAGGAGCAGGAGGCGUGUGUGGCGUGGUACUGGUGGGGAGGGUGUAGAACGUAUGGCUCCGUACCCCUUGCCCGCCUCCAGCCCAGGACCUUCUACAAUGCCUCCUGGAGCUCCCCGGCCACCCCCCCAAGUCCCAGCCUCCAGAGCCCAGCCCCCAGCAAGCCUCGACAGAAGCAGCGUCCUCUGAAGCGGCCACCACAACGGAAAGGGUCUAAGCGUCCCAAUAAAACCAACACCAUAGCUCUCCAGGUCCCUGUGGCCUCCAUCAAACCUGAGAUAUCCCCCACAGCCUGGCUGGAGGUCACCCAUCCAGACCUCCAGGGGUCACAGAAUGGCCUCAAACCUCAGGAUGCCCGCUGGGCCUGCCGCAGCUUCCGCCGCCUGGAUCAGUGUGAACAGCAGAUCGGGCCUCAGGAAACCAAAUUCCAGCUACUCAAUAGCGCCCAUGAGCCCAUCUUCCAUUGCAACUGCACGCGUCGUCUGGCACGUUUCCUGAGGCUCCAUAGCCCGCCUGCGGGCACCAACAUGCUUUGGGAGCUGCUAGGCAUGACCUGCUUCGAGCUGGCCUCUCCACUGGACUGUGCUGAGGGCAAGGGCUGUUCCAGAGACCCUAAAGCCAUCAAGGUGUCAGCCCGACACUUGCGGCGACUUCAAAAGAGGCGGCUCCAGGUCUGGGGUGUGGGCACAGGUGAAGGGCAGGUGCGGCCUUCAGAUCACACAAGAGCCCCCAUAUCGUUCUAUGACCGCUGCCUGCAGCUGACCCAGGCAGCCUGAAGACCCAACGGGCAGCAGAAAUCCUAGAACCACUGAUCUCAGUUCCAGACUGGACCCUGCCCCCAGCUCUGCUUAGCCCUAGGGGGUCUUGGCUUCCUCUCCAUAUGUUAGACUGAAGCAUGGCUUGGGCCCCUGUGGACAGCCAGGGGGCUGGAUGAGGAGGGAAGGGGAGGCAAGGCUGAAAUGCUGGACCACGUCUCCUGCUGUGCUGAGUGCUCUUGUGUUGGUGACAUGACCCCUCUGUGCUUGGAUGUGAGGUUCAGGAGGCUCAUUCUGAUGUCUUGGGCCUAGGCCUUGCCAGAUGGGAAUGGGGAAGGGUAAUUUAUUACAGCAGCCUCAGGAGGUACCAAGAAGAGGUACAUUUAUCUCCAGGUUGCAAAAUUAAUACAUGUUACAAAAAUCAGUCCUGGGGAGCCCCAGCACCAACUUGCUGACGCCUGAGGCAGCAGGUAGGGAAUGAGAUGUCACUGAAGUGCCUGUGUCUAUAUCCAGGAAAGGGGAGGGUGGCCAGAGGGGGCUUCCCAACUCUUCUUGGGGGAUCCCUUCUCUUAACAGCUAUUGUGCUCUUCUUGGCACAGCCUUGGCCCAUUUUUUCCUACUCUAAACCUAAAUUCAAAUCUCCUCUGUGUCCUUGAGUGAGGGACCUUCCCCACUCUGAGUCUUAGUCUCCUCCUCUGAAAAAGGGCCAUGUAAUCAGAACCUACCUCAUAGGAUUGUUGAGGAUUAAGUAAAAUAAUAUAUGGAGAGUGCUUAGCACCCUUCCUCUAAUGUAUUGAUAGCCAAACUGUGGAUAGGUGUGUGAUUCUGAUAGACUCACCUCCUGGAGGCCUCACUUUGCCCACCUGCAAAAUAGGUCUAAGAAUUGCACUGAACUCAGCACCACAACUGAUGCAGAUUAAAAGAGAUGGCAUGUGUAAUGCAUACAGCUGGUGCCUGGUAAUUGUCAGAUCUAUCAUCCUCUUGCCUCUUUAGUCCCUUCUUCUGACAACCCCAACCCCCAGGCUGUUAACAAGUUAGGAAGGAGUCAGGAGUGAUGUUGGAGAAUUUAAUUUCUAAUUGAUGACCUCCAGGAUUGCCCCCCACCCUAUCCCAGAUGGGGGCCAAUAGGGCUUUGCUGAUUGUCACAGUUGAGGUGCCAGGACUCAGUUUGGGGGACCCCAGUUGACCACCCCUGGCCAGGAGAGAGUGGCAGGUGUGGAGAAAGCUGGAGCAGCAGCAAGAAGGACAUAGGUGGGUUUGCAGAAGAUUGGGGCACAGUGGGGGCCACCUGGGCCCAUCUGCCCACCUA